UGACGCCACUCGCGGUGGUCGCCACCUCCCUCCAGCCCAGGCCCAGGUCGGCCGAAGAAAGAAGGCUCGGCCCUCUCAACGGCGGCCCAGGCUACACGUCUGCUCUCUUCCACACCGCCGGCGUCCCUUGCUCCUCCGUCCGCUUCUAUCCUCCCUCCCGGCGACUUGCUCCGCCCGCUCCUAUCCACCGUGCGGCGCUCGCAUGGACGACGGGCCGCGCGGUGUCGUGCCCUGUCGCCUGACGACGGAGGCGGCACGGUCAGCUGCGUGCGGUGGGAGGUAGAGAAGAAAUGCCCGCGCGCCGCUACCCUCUCACCAUCGCCGCCGCCGUUGCCGCUAAAUCCCACGCCACGCUGCUCAAGUCAGGCGUCACUUCCCCCACGCCCUGGAACCAGCUCCUCACCGCAUACUCCCUCUCCCCGCUCGGCCUCGUCGCCGCGCGCCAGGUGUUCGACCAAAUACCCCGCCCGGACGCCGCCUCCUGGAACUCCCUCCUCACCGCGCACGUCUCCGCCGGCGCGCAUUCCGCUGCAUACCGCAUCUUCCAAGCCAUGCACGAGCAGGGACUCGCCGCCAACACCUUCGCCCUCGGCCCCACUCUCCGCUCCGCUGCUGCCGUGGGCUGCCCUGCUCUCGGCGCCCAGCUGCACUCGCUCAUCGUCAAAGCUAUCCUGGCCGACAAUGUCUUUGCUGCGACCGCAUUGCUUCACAUGUAUGCCAAAUGUGGCCGCAAGAGGGAUGCUCGUCGGGUGUUCGAUGGAAUGCCGGAGCGGAACACUGUUUCUUGGAACGCCCUCGUUGCUGGUUAUGUGGAGUCUGGGAAGGUUGCUCCAGCAGUUCGGCUGUUUGUUGAGAUGGAGAGGGAGGGGUUGCUUCCUGAUGAGGCAACAUUCGCGGCGUUGCUCACAGCGGUCGAUGACUCCAGUCAUUUCUUGAUGCAUCAGCUGCAUGGGAAGAUUGUCAAAUAUGGAUCGGCAUUGGGUUUGAUAGUGUUGAAUGCAGCAAUCACUGCCUACUCACAAUGUGGGGCCCUGGCAAAUUCUAGAAGGAUCUUUGAUGAAAUUGGGAACAGAAGGGAUUUGAUCUCAUGGAACGCAAUGCUUGGAGCUUACGCUUCCCAUGGGAUGGAGCAUGAGGCGAUGGGAUUCUUUGCUAACAUGAUGCGAGCGGGUGGAGUGCAGCCUGACAUGUAUAGUUUCACAAGUAUCAUAAGUGCGUGCGCGGAGCAUCGUGAUCAGGGAGGGACAGUAAUUCAUGGUCUGGUGAUCAAGAAUGGCUUUGAAGGAGUUACGCAUGUUUGCAAUGCUCUAAUUGCCAUGUACACUAGAUUUAGUGAGAACUGCAUGAUGGAAGAUGCAUAUAAGUGCUUUGAUCCCUUGCUGCUCAAGGACACCGUCUCCUGGAAUUCUAUGUUAACUGGGUAUUCGCAGCACGGCUUGAGUGCUGAUGCCUUGAGAUUCUUCAGAUGUGUGCAGUCAGAAAAUAUUAGAACUGACGAGUAUGCAUUCUCUGCUGCCCUGCGUUCAUGCUCAGACCUUGCUUUACUUAGGCUAGGUAGACAAAUACACGGUUUAGUCACCCAUUCUGGUUUUGCCUCCAACAAUUUUGUUUCCAGCUCGCUGAUCUUCAUGUAUUCUAAGAGUGGUGUUCUUGAUGAUGCAAUGAAGUCUUUUGAGGAGGCAGACAAGAGUAGCUCGGUGCCAUGGAACUCUAUGAUGUUUGGUUAUGCGCAGCAUGGACAGGCCCAGGCCGUGCGCAGCCUCUUCAAUCAGAUGCUGGAGCUUAAGGUUCCUUUGGAUCAUAUUACAUUUGUUGGCCUGAUUACUGCCUGCAGUCAUGCUGGUCUUGUGGAUGAAGGUUCAGAAAUCCUCAAUACGAUGGAAAAUAGGUAUGGAAUUCCUCUUCGGAUGGAGCAUUAUGCAUGCGGCAUUGAUCUGUAUGGGAGGGCUGGGCAGCUUGACAAAGCAAGAGAGCUUAUUGACUCUAUGCCAUUUGAACCAGACGCCAUGGUGUGGAUGACCCUAUUAGGUGCUUGCAGAAUCCAUGGGGAUAUGGAACUAGCGAGUGAUGUGGCCAGCCAUCUAUUGGAGGCAGAACCUAGACAGCACUCCACCUAUGUUCUCCUCUCCAGCAUGUAUUCUGGUCUUGGGAUGUGGAGUGAUAGAGCAAUCGUGCAGAAGGAAAUGAAGAAUAAAGGAUUAAGCAAAGUCCCUGGUUGGAGCUGGAUCGAGGUGAAGAAUGAGGUGCACUCUUUCAAUGCAGAGGAUGGAUCGCACCCAAGGAUGGAUGAAAUAUAUGAGAUGUUGAGUUUGUUGCUUCACAAUUUUCCUGUGCAGCCUGUGCAUCAAGAAACAACUGGAGCCAUCGACUGCUAACUAUCAAAUUAUGGGCAUUAACCAGCCAGCCCCUGUUGGAGAUGAUUGAGCACACUUCUCUUGUAUAUUCUGUGGAUGCACAUUCAUCUGCUCUGAUUGCUAGUGGCAGUGAAGACCGCUGUGUCAAUAUAUGAAAGGUCAUCUGUUUUGUGUGCUUUGGAAAAUUCAUGUUAAAAUUCAGUUGUAAUUUUUCAUUGGAUAUGAUUUGUUUAUACUUAUAUCUUCUCUAUUGAACAACUCUUGAAACCCCGGCCUUUCCAUUGGUGGUACUAUCCAUUCUACAAAUGGAUUUUUCUAAAUAAAUGUCAAUUGUAGUGAA